ACAGGUUGCGACAGGAGAGAUGCCUUUGCAUAUAAGGAGGGUCAAGAUCAUACUGGUGUAUUGGAUAAAUUUUCAAAGGGCAUAGCAGGGUGCACCCCACAAAGGCCAUCCCACAAGAAUGCGCCGAACAUAAUAGAACACAUUUUUUACAGUUUCGGAUGGGUAGGAAAUGCAACGGCACAAAAUUCAGGCCUCAGCCAGCCACAAGUAAACCCCACUGUGGAGUUGUCAGCUGUACCACCCUGGACAUUCAUCAAAACCAUUGUAGAUACAAGUCUACAACAAAUGUUCAGAGAAAUCUAAAAUAGUACCACAGUGGAUGAUAGUUCGAAACUAUAUGGACCAUUAUCAGGAUAAACUAUUCAUGUUUACAGAUGGAUCAAAACAGUCUGAGAGAGGCUGCACUGGUGCUGCUUUUUUCAUUACUCACUAUGAAAUAGCAGUCAAAAAAGAGCAACUGAUCACUUAUCAGUGUGCACUGUAGAUCCUUUAGGAAUCUUAUUGGCAUUGCAACGGCUGGAAAUAAUCAGAACCAAAAUGUCGCUAUAGCUUCUGACAGUUUAUUUGCAUGGUCAAGUAUACAAUCUCAGGAAACAUUAUGUAGACAAGACAUUAUUUACCAUAUACUUCAUCUGCUUCUUAUACUCCAUGGUAGGGAGCUGGAUGUCUCCUUCCAUUGGGUUCAUGCCCAUGUAGGGAUGGAAGGAAAUGAGACUGUAGAUAUUUUCGCAAAAAGGUUGCUUAAAGCAUGAAAUAGUUGAUAUACAAGUACCAUUAAGUAGAACAGAGAUAAAAACCAUUAUCAAGGGACACGCAUAAAAUAUGGCAGGAAUACUGGGAUAUAGCUGACACCGGACAACACCUACAUAAUAUACAAAAACAAGUAGGCACGAGUAUGAGGCAGAGCAGGAACCCAAAGAAAGAGAGGAUAAUUACACAUCUUAGAAUAGGUCAUGCAGGCUUAAAUCUAACAUUACACAGAAUAGGAAAACACCCUACUGGGCUUUGUGCCCACUGCAAUACACAAGAGACGGUAAAAUAACAUUCUGUUAGACUGCAAAAUAUAUGAGGAAGAAAGAACAGAGUUAGAAAUGCAAAUUGGAAAGCAAAACAUGACACUAGAGAAUUUGCCUGGGAAAAACAUCUGGAAAAGUGCACCAUCUUUAUAAUAAAUUGUCGGAACAAUAAUGGGAUAAGUGGGAGAAUUUAGUAUGACUAUCCUAGUAUAUAUUAAUUUCUGCCAGUCUGCUGCCCACACUCCAGUCGGUGGCGGUAAUGCACCUUUAAGUUGGUUUGCCAACCGCCAUUAAAACUAAAAGAAGAAGAAGAACUUCAAAUUCUGGAAGGCGGGGCUUAAGAUGAUUGACGCGUCAGGUUCACCUCUCAGUGUUGAGUAAGGGUUUGGACUGAAGAGGGUUAAAGUCAGCCAGGGCGAGAUUUAAAUCCUGUUGGUCUGGGCGGAUAUCAUGAACUGUGAUUACAAGUGGAACCGAGCUCUUUGUCGAUAAUAUUUACGAUACGAGGCGUUUUAGCGUGAGGUUUUAUGUUUUGGUUUUAUCUUGAGGUGGUACAAACGGCAAAAGACGCAAAAGCUAAAGUUAAGGACGGACACAAGCUUUAGUUUUAUAUUUAAACGCUAACCUUAUUGUUCUGUGCUGUUCGACUUGUUAUUAUUUGCGGUCUUGAUUAACUCGACGUGGCCACAAACUCGGGUGUUUGUUUGUUUGUUUGUGUUGGAAAUUGAGCGGGACAGUCAGAAACUUUGUAAAUAAACGGAGCUUUCCAGUUUUCACUUCGUCUAGCGACUCAGCAUGUCUAAAGAAAACAACGACCCUGCUAACAGCAUUGAAUUCAUCAAAGAUCAGCUGUAUUUCGCUAUCCUUAACCAGAAGCUCAGGAGCACCCCUGAAAGACACUGUUUCUGCAUAGAUGAGGAAUUCUCCUAUGAGAACUUUUAUGCGGACUUUGGUCCCCUCAACCUGGCUAUGUUUUAUCGCUUCUGUUGCAAACUCAACAAGAAGCUGAAGUCUUUGGCACACGCCAGAAAGAAGAUCGUGUUCUAUACCUGUGGGGACAAAAAGAAACAAGCAAAUGCGGCCUAUUUAAUAGGAUCAUAUGCUGUGAUGCAUCUCCAGAAAACACCAGAGGAAGCUUACAGCCUACUCAUCUCCAGAAACGCCACUUAUCUUCCUUUCCGAGAUGCUUCAUUUGGAACUUGCAUGUACAAUCUGAAUAUCCUUGAUUGUUUACGUGCCGUGCACAAGGCUCUGCAGUUUGGCUGGCUGGAUUUCUCCAACUUCGAUGUGGAGGAAUAUGAGCAUUAUGAGAGAGCUGAAAAUGGAGAUUUCAACUGGAUUAUUCCAGGGAAGUUUUUGGCCUUUAGUGGUCCACAUCCGAAGAGCAAAAUUGAGAACGGUUAUCCCCUCCAUGCUCCUGAGGCCUACUUCCCAUACUUCAGGAAGUACAACGUCACCACUGUCAUACGCCUGAACAAAAAAAUGUAUGAUGCCAAACGGUUCACAGAUAUGGGUUUUGACCACCACGACCUGUUCUUUGUUGAUGGGAGCACACCUAAUGAUGCCAUAGUCACCAAGUUCAUGAACAUCUGUGAAAAUGCGGACGGUGCCAUAGCUGUUCACUGUAAAGCUGGCCUGGGUCGCACAGGAACGUUAAUAGGCUGCUACCUGAUGAAGCACUUCAGACUGACUGCAGCCGAGGCCAUCGCUUGGAUCAGAAUCUGCCGGCCUGGCUCAGUGAUUGGGCCGCAGCAGACCUUUAUUCAGGAUAAGCAGUCCAGUCUAUGGAUGGAGGGAGAUCUGUAUCGGCGGAAGCAAUGUGAACAGGAAAAUAGCAUAAACAAAGUAGCAGUCACAGGAAUAUUGUCAGGAGUAGACGACAUCUCGAUCAAUGGGACAAAUAAGAGAAGUGUGCCAAGAAAAACUGAAAUGUAUAGUGAUGGAGAAGAGGAGCACAAUGGCAUCACUCAAGGUGACGAACUGAGGGCACUGAAGAGCAAACGGCAGUCCAGAGCAUCAACAGGUUCUUUAUCGGUCAUUCUGCAGUCGAGUGCACAGAGCUGUAAAUCUGUAAAAUUUCAGAGUCCCUCGGAUAACGAGGAUGGUAGAAAACGAACCAGAACCUCACUAAGCUCCAACAGAGAGAGCAGCCUGUUAUUACAUUCCAGACUUGCACGGUCUUUAGGCAAUUUGCCUGUAAUGGCCAAUGAAAAGAAGUAUGAGUUUUGUGAAGUUAACUCAGUGGCUACAGAUAGAUUGAGCAAGAAAUCAAACAUGAAACGCAUAAUCCCAAUCAACAGUGAGCCUCUUGGUCCUUCUAUUCCUUCUUCAACUGAGUCAUUUGUUCACAGCCUGAGUAUCAACGUAAAGAACUGUGUCCAGAGGAAGGAAAAAGCUGCACUCUUUGCAAUCAUUGCGCUUUACAAGACUAUGGUAUUUCAUCUCUUUCAGUCUCUCUCCUAGAUCUUGGCUUUCUGCUACAUCUUCAGCCUUUAAUCUUUGCUUAUUUGGGCAAAAUGCAUGUCUUUCAAACUGAAACAUAAUAUUUCUCUCUCUUCACAGUCCUGCAGUCCCUAAAGCUAGAGCACCUCUACUAUGUUAAAUGGAUGUUUUUGGAAAAUGAGUGCAAGUAACUUCAUAAAACCUGGAUUUGUUUUUCUUUUAUUCUUCUUUUAUUUUAAAUUUUUUUUUAUAAAUAUAUAAACUAUUACUCCUGUAAAGUCUCAAAAGUCUACUUUGAUUUAAAAAAAAAAAAAAAACAGACUGUAUUGAAAAGCGUGAAUAAUUUUAUUAUUAAAAUAACUUUUUGUUUACAGAAAUGUCAAACAUUGGGGGGUUUGUAAUACUGUUAUGUGAAAAGAUUUUUCUUCUUUUAUAUUUUAAGAUUAGAAUCAUGAGUCAAAGUUCUUGUAGAAUGUAUUCUCGUCAUUAGUAGGGAUGAAAAGGUUACCAGUUUCACUAUAAACCACAAUAAAAUUCCCCAACGGUUAGUAUUACCAUGUCACAUUUAAUUAUCAUUUAAACCGUGCACGAUUAGUGUUAUUUUUGUAAAACUCGCUGUAAGAGCUGUCCACACACACCCAGCAUGAGUGACGCAGGCGCAGCAUGCAACGUUGAUUUUUGAGCGUGAAGAAACGUAACAGUUAAGGAUAACAUUUAUUGAUCCCACACUGGAGAAAUUCCCUCGUUACAGCCUCUGUUACACAAAAAACAGAUAGGAAAGUUAAAAAUAGGAAAUUAAAAACUGAACGCCUCGCAGCACCAAUCAACAGAAGUCAGAUUUCAUUUAUCACGUGACGAGAGUGAGGCAAGCUGACUAAGACGAAAGAUUUGAUUUAAUAUAAGCGAGUUUGUCAUUGUACUGUUUUGUUGUUGUUUUUCAUUAAGAAUAAUAAUGAACCCACCAAUCUAGCAAUUGUCGCCCCUGAAUUGCUGCUAAUACGAAAAUGAUAGUGAAAUGCACGCAGCUGCAGGGGCAUUCAUGAGCGAUUUAAGAGCAAAGGGGUGGGGGGACGGCAACAAAGCUCCAAAGCCCUCUUUCACAGCAGCUUUCUUCUGGCAAGCUCUGCGGACAGGGUUACCAUCUUCUAUUAAGUUUCCCUCAGCAUUUUUAUAAAAUCCAAAAUAUGAUCGUACUUCAGAUUUGGUCCUCUUGGAAGGUUGGAAAUUCUCCCGAGCGCUGUCGCUGCCUUCCGCUGUGUUCUCUAACUAAACUAAAUGAUCUUACUAUAAAAAAGCAAAACAGUGCCGCGGUGGGCAAGUGAUGUAAUCGGUGUGCAGCCGAACACCGACUAUCACGGCAAGCCUAGGGACAACCAUCCAUCACUUUUAUAAUUAAAUAUAAAACCUUUUAAAUGAUUUCAGUGUGUGUAUCAGUACAUUUUCAAUAUUUUCAGCACAUUUUAACAAUACCAUGAUAAUACUGAUAACCGUGAUAGUUUUGGUCACGAUAAUCGUGAUAUGAAAUUUUCAUACCAUUACAUCUCUAGUCAUUACUAUCCUUCCUUACUAAUGUGUCUGAAACUUGGUUAUCUCUGUGCCCUGCUAAAAUCUGAAGGCUAUAGUGAGACUUUUUCAUUUAACAAUUUUUGUUCCACAGUUGAAUGCUGUGUGUGUGUGUGUGUGUGUGUGUGUGUGUGUGUGUGUGUGUGUGUGUGUGUGUAUAUAUAAUAUGAAUAUUUGAUACAUCUGGAAGACCUGUUGUACAUUUAUACCUGUAAAUACUGUAAUAACUUUUGGUUAUUGAUGUCCAAAUAUACUUCCUUUGUCCUGAGUACAUUUAUAUCUCAUGUACUAUAAAGCUUGGUUUGUAAAGGA